GUUCAAGAAAAACAUACGAGAUGAUCAUUCCAUACACAAACAUGUUGGUGACCGCUGCGUUGUUGGUGAUGAUAUUGAUCUUGGACACCGUCUCGUCGGGUAUGCUAUUGAACAUAUCGGGAAGUAUAAGGCCUCUACCUCCCAACUGUUUUGAGGCAGUGAGCGCCGCUGGUUCAGAGGCAAAAAGCGGCAUCUACCAAAUACAAUUACCGUUAGAGGGUUGGACGCAUCGACCCUUUUACGUUUACUGCUUACUCGAUGACAACGGCGGUGACCCCUGGUUGUUGAUACAACGUAGGCAGGGCGGAGAAAUUAGCUUCAAUCACAAUUGGAACGGUUACAAGAUUGGUUUCGGGAACUUGGCCACAAGUUUCUUCAUUGGCCUCGACAAGUUACAUGCAAUCACACAAGUGCAAAUUAAUGAGCUACAAAUCGAGCUGCAUGAUUUCGACGAUACUGUUAAGUAUGCCAACUAUGAUAGUUUCGCAGUGGGCGAUGAGAGCGAAAUAUAUGCACUAAAUGUUUUGGGAUUAUAUUCUGGGACUGCAGACGAUUCCUUGACCACACAUCACAGUGGACAAAACUUCAGUACAUACGAUAAGGAUAACGAAAAUUGGUCCGGGAAUUGUGCGAAGCGCUACAAAUGUGGCUGGUGGUAUAACAACUGCCACAGGAGUAACCUAAAUGGCGAGUAUCUUAAUGGCACUCACGAACAAUAUUCGGAAGGCAUAAUCUGGAAUGCAUGGCACGGUUUGUAUUAUUCGUUGAAAUAUGCGCAUAUGGCUAUAAGGCCAAGAGAUAGUGCAGAAAUGCGCGUGUAUGGAAUUAGGAAGAGGAUAUCCAAAGUAAAAAAGGCAUAAAAAUUAAUAAACAUCUAUCAUAUACUAUAUUCUGUUCAUUUACGACAGUCCGAAAGAGACAUAUUUUUUCAGAACUUACUUGUUGUUUUAACAGAUCUAAGAAUGUUCUUGAAAUAAAUCGUCAAAUCAAAUGGA